AUUACAAGAAUCGUUAAUUGCUGUGAUGCUGCCACUUGGAUGAAUGAAAGAUACACUGAUAUUUUGCAAGAGAACUGUGAUUUGUUGUUUUCUGAGUCGGACAUCCAAGCGCUCCUUCAGACUCUACGGACACUUGUAAGCGUUGAAUGUCAUGGUCUCUCUGUGGAUCUCAUCCUGCAGAUUUUGUUGAAUGCCUUUUCAAGAUUACCAAUCUUGACCCAAGAGGAGAUAAUUCUCGAGCACUUCCUGUCUCAUGAUGCUCCUGACCUUCUCUCACCUGUGGGCAGCUUUCACCAGGAGAUGAACAUUGCCUUCAACCAAUUCACCAGCGAAACAUCAGAAAAAGACCUAAGGGCUGUGUUGAGACUCUGUCUGGUCAACGCUGUAGCAGUAGUGGAGUACGCUGCCACUGUUGCAGUCAAAAAUCCAGGACAGAUUCCAGUCAUACUGAAGAUUUUCCACUCAGUGCCUGACUUGUGUCGUUGUUGCUAUGGUAACCACCACCCUGAAAAAUCCCUCCUGUGUCAUGUGAUGACCCAGUAUUUGCUGGCAAACAAACUUGGUCGCAAUGAAGAGAAGAAUUUAAUCAAGUUUAUAUCUACUGCUGUGAAGAGUUUUCACCGGGAGGUCAGUGGCUACACAUUUGAAGAAGCUGCCAUUUUACCCCCAGCUGAGUUUGCCUCUGCAACCAUCUUGCCUUUCAUUGGCUCAUAUAACUCAGGCAAUCAGGAACAACCAAUCAACACUGAGCUUGCCUUGAGGCUGUUGAUCUGUGUAUUGGAGAGUGGAGGUGACAAGGACUGUGAUUGGUUGAUUGAGCUACAACCACAGACACUUCUUCUAUGUCUGUUUGAGGUGCUAGAUGAUUGUGUGGAGCUGUGGGAUGGUCCAGGGAACAAGUCCAGUAUCAAACAGUCCUGCUUGAGAUGUCUCCACUUGAUGCACACCAAGUGUGCUGGAAUUUUCACAAAAUUACAUGAGAUGGCUGCUGAUUGGUUGAAACUGAAAACAAAGGAUCUUGAUUGGACAGUUCUGGUCCACCUUCAGAAGACACUCUCUUACCUGGAUCCAGCACAGACAGACAGUCACAAACCGUUUGUUGAAGACGUAGUUCAUCACGUGAUAGAAGGCAGUGCUGACAACUGUCUGCCGCUGCUGAGGUGUGCAAGCAUCUCAGAGGAAACUGCAACUGCCAUCAACCAGUGCAUCCCAUCCUGUCACAGAGUUAUCUCCCCUGAUGUUCUCACGUCUGCCCUCACACAGAUGUUGCGAAACCUGCUGGUGGUGGAGUGGAGGCGGGUGAGUGGCUGUCUGUGGACUCUCAUCACCCACGACUGCCUGGCUCCACCCUACAGGAUUCUGCUGUAUAACAAGAUUGUCCUGGCAACCAGGAAUGAGGUGAAAUGUUUACUGACUUUGACUCAGAUACUGUCUGAUGUUGUCAUGGCAACAUCAAGUGACACGGCUGCUCCUGCGUCUGCUGUCCUCCAUGUCAACACCGGCUAUGUGGCUGUUCUGCAGGAACAAAUGAAAGUUCUCACAGACGUCCAGGACAAAAAGAUUGUGUCAUUUGUACUCAUUCAGAUGUUAAGUCAUGUGACUGUUGCCAUGACUACAAUGGACUCUGACCAAUCAGAACCCUUGUUUGUCUUUCUGCUGGACCUUCUUGGCAAGUACUGUGACUUAAAGAAGGGGAGACAAUCUGCCAGCACCGUCCAGAACUUCCGGGAGCUGGACCAGGUGGUGGUGCAAGCUGUGGGUCUGAUGGAGGACAGCAGCAGACAGGAAACAUUGUUGAAAAAACUGUGGGAGAAAAUACCGGACACAGGUUUCAAGAAAUGAGUGUUCCUGAACAAUAAGAUACAUCAUGGUUGACUCCUCGUGUCAUAUCCAGCUGACCUGUUACUUGAAACAACUACUCUGGAUUUCCACUUGUCCCGGCUAAAGAGCCAAAUGAUAUGUGUGACCAAGAUACAGAAGAUAUUGUGUGAUCCAAGAUAUAGGAAACAUCAAGUCAUGAUGUGAAUAAAAACUUCAGAGAGAAA